GGCUUUUCAUUUCUUUUCAUGCACUGUCUUUGAUACAUGGGUUUAAGCACGAACCCUCGUAUAGGUCUUGUCUAAAAGCGUCGACUCAGGUAUUCAAUUGUCAGCCCACCAUUGCUUAAGCCUGAGUAAGUUGCCCCUGUGAUCGGUGUCUUCAUUCAAUAGCGACAAAGCUCGUCAGCUCGCUUCCGUGGGCAUGGACCACUAGUCAUGCAUUCGGAACGAGGUGAACCACACUACAAACCCCUUCCAGAAGGGGAAUUCAUUCGGAUACUAGAGCUUCUACCAGGCAAGGCAGAAGAUCCCAUAUCCGGUAACCUGAAUCUUGUGUCACUAGAAGCAGCUUGGAAGACCUACGACGCAAUAUCUUACGUUUGGGGUGAUCAAGCCUCGCAACGAGACAUUUUCAUCGACAAUGAGCGUCUCAGUAUUACUGUUAGUCUCUGGGAAGCCCUUCAUAAUUUUAGGGAUGAACGAAAGAAGCGUAUACUUUGGGCCGACGCAAUAUGUAUUCAACAAUUGUACCCUCCAGAGAAAGCGGUGCAAGUUCAGCUUAUGAGCAAAAUCUACGAAGGUGCUGCCAGCGUCCGGGUCUGGCUAGGGCUUGAUACGCUUGGAGUCGCUCAAGAAACUGUGGACUUCAUUCUAGAGAACGUGUCGAUUUCGAGAGACUUGAUUAUGCGCUAUGGUUCCAUCACGGCUGUUAGAACUCUGCCAGAUGAUGAUAACCCAAUCAGUAAGGAUCGUGACAAGUGGUUGCUGUAUGAGCAGUUUCUGCAAUUGCCAUGGUUUAACCGCGUAUGGGUGAUUCAGGAAGUAGGUGUGGCCCGAGAGGCGAUAAUGCACUGGGGAGAUGCGGAGAUUCCUUUCGCUGCUGUUAUCAAUCUAAAUGAGUUCAUGCUACUAGGCCAGCAUUUGUUUCGCUUUCACCCCAUGUCCUGGAUACUGCACGAUGCAUUCGUUGGUAUAUUCAACUACUACGAAAAUCAAGAUUCAUGGCGUGAGCAGUUGUUCCCCGGAGUUUGCGACCAUUGGAAGCGAGUGUCUGCUCGUCCAACACUCAGUGGACUAUUCAUACAAGGUUCGCGGCGCGGAGUUACCGACAAUCGUGAUCUCAUUUAUGCUUUCUUGGGACAUCCAGUUGCGAACCAAGACGGGGCGCCAUUUGUGAAAGUAGAUUACGUGAAGGAUGUCAACGAAGUAUACUUUGACGCUAUGGUUCGACUGCUUGGAUUGGAGCCAAAUCCAGGCUUGCCUUUGGCUGUCGCUGCAGGAAUGGGAAAGAAGAAGCCGAGAGACUUAAACGAGAACUUACCAACGUGGGUUAUACGCUGGGAAUUGGGCCUCCAGGUCAAUUGGAUGUGUGCUCCUGGACAUUGGCAUUAUGCUGGAGGUAUUGAAGAACGUGUGCCAAAGGUAGACGUGGACAUGGAAAAGAAGACUCUGACGCUGGUCGGCGCCGUAUUCGACAAAGUGACCUGGGUGAGUGAGAUGAUUCUUCCCAAAGACGUCGCAAUAGAUAUGCUGGUUGAAAAUCACGAUCGUAUUCCGGCUUUAGAAUGGCUUUGGAAAGAUUUUGAAAAAAUUCAGAGCCGAUACCCCGAAGGUUUGCAUCGACGCGAUGUGAUGACGGUCACAUUGAUCGCUGGACGCUGGCCAAACGAUCAAGAGAGAAAAGCGGAUGAUGCUGAAAAUCUGGAAAAACAUCGUGCUUUCGUGGACGGCUAUCUAAAAUACAUUGCUUUCGCUCGGAAGCGCGGCACACAAACAUCUCAGUCAAACGUAGCUGCGUCAGAGGAGAUGACCGAGCUCCUUUCAUAUGCCCGCGAUUAUGAGGUUUUGUUCAGUCUUGUUGCUAGCAAUAGACGGAUGUUCGUCACCGAGAAAGGGUUUUUGGGCAUUGGACCCCCGUUGUUAGUCGAGGGUGAUCUAGUUACGGUAUUCCAGGGCGUCAAGACACCCUUCUGUCUGCGAGAUGCCAUAAGUACAGAAAGAAGCAGCUACAAGCUUGUUGGACCGGCUUACGUGCACGGCGUCAUGAGGGGGGAGGUUCUGGAUGACAAUGACCCCCUAGACCUGGGUUCAGUGCGACAACGCGAUAUUGUACUCGUUUAAAGGGCAGUGCAUAACCCUUAUCGAAGAGGGAUCGACUUUACAGAAUCUUGAAAAACUGGGUAUUGCAAAAUUCAUG